AGAGGACGCCGGGACGGCUGUAGUAAACAACAAGCUUACAGCAGCUUCAGGUGCAACAGGCGUAGAUAGUGUGUGUCAGGCGCACCGUCGACACUGUGCCAAAGCUUUGCGACAGUUUGCAGGUUGAGAUUGAGCACUUAUCAGUCCGUGAUCGCGUAAGAUGGCAGACAGCGGCGCCUCAGCUGAGGGACUGAAAGUUGUGAUCGCGUACGAUGGCAGUGCCAACUCGGAGAACGCCCUUGACUGGUAUGUUAAGAAUGUACACAAACCGGGCAAUUCUGUGACACUGAUUCAUGUCCCAGAACUGAAUGACAUGCUGCAUUCAACCAAAUGGGCCAACUCCGUUUAUGUGUUUGAUCGAGAAGUUCUUGAAGCCAUGUUAAAAGAUGAGCAGCAAAGAAUUCAGAAGGACCUUGAGAAGUUUGCGGACAAGCUCAAAUCUUAUGGGCUGGGUGGAAAAGUAAAAAGCGUGGCAGCUGCUAAACCAGGGGAGGGCAUCAUUAAGGAGUGUGGCAGUGAUGUGGGGCUGGUAGUGGUGGGUUCCCGUGGGCUGGGAGCUGUGCGUCGCACUAUUUUGGGUUCCGUCAGUGACUACGUUGUUCACCACUCCAAGUGUCCAGUGAUUGUUGUCAAACACGAUCAUCAUGGUCAUCACGAACAGCAGAAGAAGGAUUAGCCAGGUAUUGUAGAAUACCUGCAUCUGAGGGAGUACACUUAUUGGUUGGACACUUGAUUUUGAAAAAUGGGACAGUAAAGCAUGAACAUUUUGUGCUGAAGGAUUAAGUGGCUUUAGAGUUUCAGUGGUAAUUAAGCAGCAGUAUGCUUAAUUAUUUAUUCUAAUGAUGGAAAAAGUAUCGGUGAACAAGAGUUAAGUUUUAGAACAUAGUGGAAGUGGUGGGUUUACACAUAUGGUGUGCUUUUAAAAUUUUCUUCUGUGCUGAAUAUUAAUUUCCCUCAGCCAGUGAGUUUCAUAUUUGGAAUUUAACAUUUUUCUUGAUGGUUUAGUGUUUUUUUUAAAAAUCCAGCAGAGAAACUUAUGUUGGAUGGUAACUGGUGUUGUUCAAGGUUGUAUCUAAUAAUGCAUUUCUAGUCCCUGGAGUUUUUUUUUAAAUAAAAAGCUUGAAAUGGUGGUCAGUCUUACAAAGAAGUCUUUAAAUCAUCUACUGGAAACUCUAAAGCCAGUUUUUCAUUUCUUGGCUGAAAAUUUAGUUUCCAGUGAAAAAGUGACUAUUCAGCAUCAUCUAACAAUGUAGUUUUUGUAUGAGAGCAUUUACAUUAUCACAAGAUUUUAACAAAAUUACUUGGUUUUUCUUUUCAAACUUUAGAUUAUUUUGUAAGAGCUAUUUAACUUAUGAAAUAAUGUCCAGUUCCCUUUUAUCACCAGGCUAACAUCUCUGAACACUAUUGUGCAAUGUUUUUGAUGCUACGGCUGACUUUCCGCUAAUAGAAUUUCAUUGCUAUUUAGUGAUAUAGUGUUCAAGUCAGUGGUCUUACUGUAUUUAACAGGGACUGCAUAGUCAAAUCCUAGCCUUUCUGUUAAGGAGGGUUAAAGCAUUUAAAAUCAGCAAUCAGAUAAUUUUAUUGUUUCCUUUUUUUACUUUCUAUUAUAAAGUAGAAAGCUUUUUAAACUGUUGAUACACCAUGUUUUGUUGAAACAUGGAUGGAUGCUUUUAUCUUUUCUUACAAUGAAAGAGCCUCACAUGGUGUUUGAGACCAACAACCCAUUUUUUUUCAAUCAGCUCUGGACCAUAGGACAGCAUAUCUUGUCUUCCCAUGUAACAUUUUAAAUAUGCUAUACCUUUGAACAUUUUCUUGAAAAUCAGUGUGUAAAUGCUCAAAAUUGACAAAUACACUUAACUGCAUUCAGUGUCCUGCUUUGUUUGAUAAGCUAGAUAAAAAGUGAGAUGAAAUCUGCUUGAAAACUCCCUACUUGGAUAAUGCUGAUCGACUGAGUCUUAACAGAUUGAAAGACCACAUUGUGCUGACCAUUGGAGUGUAGUAAUCUGGAGCUACUUUUCAAGUGCGGAACAAAGGAACCACUUUUUGUUUCAAACUUGCUGUAACCAUGUGACCUAUAAUUUUGCUCAAAAGAAAUUUUCUGACAUCUGAUCAUUCCAUUGGUUUUCAAAGAGAAAGCACUAUCUGUAAUUCUUGUUCUGUGAAAACUUAUUUGGAUAUGACUGUAUCAAAAGAAAUGAAAAUAAAAAUCAAAGCAGCA